UUUAAGUCUAUGGUUUUAUUAAGUCAACAAUUUUGUAUUUAUUGACAAAACAUUAUUUUAUUAAAAGUUGGAAAUUUAAUUAACAAUGACUGUAAAUAAUACUAUUGCGCACCAGCGUUUAAUUCUUACUGGUGACCGUGAAAGAUUUAAAGAUUUACUAAUGCGAAGAUUAAUAGAAUGCGGAUGGCGAGACCAAGUUAGAAUGUUGUGCCGUGAGGCAGUUAAAGAAAAUGAAGGAGGCAAUGUAAACUUCGACACACUUGUCUCAAGAGUAACCCCACGAGCAAGAGCUCUAGUCCCGGACACUGUAAAGAAGGAAUUAUUACAAAAAAUUAAAACACAUCUCUUAACACCAAAGGACUAGUAAUUGCUCUGUUCUAUUAAUACUAGCUACACUGCUUCAGUUUUAACUAAACAGUUCAACUGUUCAGUGUAGGCAUCAUUGACAACUGCACAGUUUAUCUAACAAUGUUGACACACAUACAUUCAGCUGAACAUAUCAACUGUUUAGUUAAAACUGAAGGUGUGAAGCCAGAUUUAUGUAAUAAGCAUGUUCAGUGCCACCUACUCAUCCUGCAUGUUAUUUUGGUGCAUAAAAAUCAUAGUGACAUUGAAUAUAUUAAAAUAAAACACUGUAAUUACUUUUGUUUAAAAUAAGUUAAUUGUUAGUAUAAAAAUAAAACAUUUUACAAUCAA